AUGGCGGACGGCAGGCAGCGAGCCAUGUCGGCGUCGGGGGAGAGUCUGUACGCGCUCCUGGGCUUGGAACAAGGUUGCAGUCACGAUGAAGUCAAGAAGACGUACAGGAAGCUGGCAUUGCGUUACCACCCAGACAAGAAUCCGGACAACCCCGAGGCAGCGGAGAAGUUCAAGGAGGUGAACGCGGCCCACGCCGUCCUGUCCGACCCCGGCAAGAGGAACAUCUACGACGCUUACGGCUCGCUUGGGCUCUAUGUGGCGCAGCAGUUCGGCGACGAUAACGUUAACGCCUACUUCGCUCUCACCACCUGGUGGGCCAAGGGUUUAUUUGUUCUGUGCGGGCUGCUGACGGGAUUUUACUGCUGCUGCUGCUUGUGUUGCUGCUGCGACUGCUGCUGCGGACGCCUCAAGGCCCCGUCCCCUGCCGACCAGGACGCGGAGACUCCUUACGACGACCUGCAAGAUGACGAUGUGGACGAGGAGGAGGACUUGCAGCAUCGGACCCAUGAUGCGAGCGUGCCAGUCGUUCAGCAGCCGUCCAAUGCCAGCGAGAAAACUCAACUCAUCUCGGAUGGACGGCGCAGAUACGGAGACACAUACGCAUGA